UGGAAAAGGGAACCGGUGACGGUUGGCAGCCAUGGCGACAGCCCUCGGCAAAGGCUUGACAUGUCCGUGGGUUCGCACGGGGCUCCCCGUGUACGCAAUCAGAAGCCGCACACUGGCUGAUUCUCCAGAGGCCAAGGAUGGCGUCUUCCGCUUCUUAAGGGCAGCCUUUGAGGCGUUUUUGCCACUUCUGCUAUCUCCUCACGCGUCGCUUUUGCGUCUGCACCUUCAAUAACCACCCUCACUUCAUAACCGCGUCGCCUUCGCUUGGUCCGCCAGUUCUGGAACAUGUUCGUACCGGUUGCUAAGUUGCUAGCAUGCCUGUUCCUGGCGAGUCUCGUCAACGCAGGAACCGUCAACUACGACUGGAACGUGAGUUGGGUAUGGGCAAGCCCCGAUGGCUUCGGAAGAUCCGUUGUUGGGAUUAACAACGGAUGGCCAUGCCCCCCGAUCGAGGCCACGGUGGGCGACACCGUCGUCGUCAACCUGAACAACAAGCUCAACAACCAGACUACUGGGCUGCAUUUUCACGGCAUCAGCCAGGUUCCGACUCCCAACAUGGACGGUCCUAGUGGUGUGACGCAGUGCGCGAUACCGCCAAAUUCUUCCGUCAAGUAUCAGUUCACUGUUGAUGCCCCGGGCACAUAUUGGUACCACUCCCAUAACAUGGGGCAGUAUCCCGAUGGCUUGCGCGGUUCUCUCAUCGUGAAGGACCCCAACGACCCCUACCAAGGGAGGUACGACGAGGAGCACGUACUGGCCGUUUCAGACUGGUACCACAACGAUAGCAUCACCGUGGUGCAGGACAUGCUCUCCCCUUCCAAUACUCGAUUUCUCCCGCCGAUGCCCGAUAACAUUACUGUCAACGAGGGCCGGGGCUUGCACAUUAACCUCACACAGGGAAAGACGUAUCGCAUCCGCAUGAUCAACUACGCCGCCUUCGGCGCCGUAAUGGUCCAGUUCGAUCCGCACACCAUGAAAGUCAUCAUGAACGACGGAGCAUAUAUCAAGGAAGAAGAUGCCCGCCAGCUGCGCCUGGCGCCUGCUCAGCGGUACGACGUUCUUGUCUCGGCCACCGACAGCGAUAGCGGGAACUACCCCUUCCUGGUGUCGCUCGACGUCAACCGGGACUGGACCAGCGCGACUGAAAAGAAGACCUGGGCCCAUAACUACACGGGCUACCUUGUCAUGGACGCCUCACAGCCACUGAACACGACCUCUGUCGUAAAUGAGUGGAAACCCGUCGACGACGCCCACUUCAAGCCCUACGACGGAGCGGCGGCCUAUGGCUCGUACGACAAACUGAUGAAGCUCGACUUCAACUUCUGCCUUGACCAGAACGGGUACCAUCGAUCGUGUGUUAAUAACCUCACCUACAUUGGCCAGAAGGUACCGACGCUCUACAGCGCCGCCACGACGGGCGACCAAAACACGAAUCCGGCCAUCUACGGGCAAGUCAAUCCCUUCAUCGCCAACUACAAUGACACCGUGCAGAUCGUGGUUAACAACAUCGACGCUACCUCCCAUCCUUUCCAUCUACACGGACACCACUUCCAGGUGCUGGAACGGGGGGCGAGCGGGGUGGGCAAGUGGCCGGGGAAGAACGAGACGUACGCGGCCAACCCGCCGAUGCGCGACACAGUCGUCGUCAUGCCCAAAUCGUACGCCGUGCUGCGCUUCCGCGCCACCAAUCCGGGCGUUUGGCUGUUCCACUGCCACAUUGAAUGGCACGUCGAGAUGGGCCUGACGGCCACCAUCAUCGCGGCCCCUGAGCGCCUGCGCAACAUGACAUUCCCCGACGACCACAUCGCAGCUUGUAAGAAGAUUGGCACCCCGUACCAGGGUAACGCUGCCGGAAACACUCAGAAUGCGACGAAUACCACCGGCUUCAUCACCGUGCCGCCGACUUCUUAUGAUGGUGCGUCAUACUCAACAGAAGAGUAAUCUGGGCGGACAAAAGAAUGCGGGGGAAGGGUCAACAGGGAAGGAAAGAGAGACAAAUUGUACUUGUUAGCAGAGACUAGGUAAUGAACAAAGUCUGUCGGUGAUU